AUUGGAUUUUCUUUAACCACUGAGAGCUUAACCUCUAAGCUUUUGAAUAAAGCUUUUUAAAAGCUUCAAAAUAAAUCCUAAAGGAUUAUGGGUAAUAAAAAGGCGAGGGACAGGAGUGUCAGCUUUAAAGGAAACCAGUUUUUGGAAUAAUCUUAUGUGCUCUCUGGAAAAAAAGGGGACUAAUGAAAAACAGUACACCCGCGGCCCUUUGAACUGUUUCAUAUUCACACUGCAACUACAAGCUUUGAUAACGUGACGUUUGUUCAUAUUCAGUGAAUAAAACACAGGUAGCUGCCUUCUUGCCUCACAUUGUCCACCUGGUUGUAAUUUAAUCUCAGUAUGACUGCGGCCGUUCCGUGAACGCGCCAGAGGAUUUCGGAAGAGAACAAACGGCAUCAUGGAGACCAAGGAGAAAGUGCAGAUACAUUUGAAGCAGACUUUGGUAAUAAAAGGAUUUCUUCCCCAAAGGCAAAGAGAGGAUUGAUCAGAGAGGUAACUAUGGAGGAUCUGUAGCGACCCAUUUUCCGGUUGACCUCUCCACAGCACAACCUGCAUUUCACAGAUCUGUGCUUUAUGGAACGGAUCUGCUGCUGUAAAAUGACUCGGACUGACAUGCAGACUUACAGGAGGAAAACAACGUGGGCCAGACAUUGUGAACGAAGAAGUCGCAGAAAACCGACGGAGCUUUGGAAUUGCAGUCUGAAAGACAGCGAAGGAAAUUGCAGCAAGACGGCGAAGGAAGUGGACGAAGACGUUAAGUCUGUGCUGGCCACGCCUCCACCUCUCUCUUUGGAUGUUUGUUGUUUACAUCCAUUUCCAGCUAUUUCUUCGGUAAGCUUCUUGGCAUCAAACUGGCACACCGCAUAUGUCACGAGAAAACGUUAAGAGAUAUAAGUUUGAAAUAAUACCUAAAUGUUAAUUUAACAGCAGAGACCUCAGACCUCCUACACGAAGCGCAGCGUAGAACACGGGGCUGGUUUCUACCACCAAAACCUGAUGAGACUUCCUCUAAAAUUGCUUUGAACCGCCUACAUUAAUAGAUAAACCAGAAAACAUGCCUGAACAGUUUCCACCGUUCGUAUUGCUUGGCGUUACAGCAAAAACAAUGCAGCAUGUCACUGUAAAAGUCUUUCAAUUUGAGGAUGCAAGCACAAUAGUUAGCAUGCUAACUCCCCAGGUUCUAGGUUUUCCAUUUUUCUCAAUGGCCACUUAAAUUUCAAGAUGGUGGCCAUUUUUGAGUCCUUUAAACCACUGACGCUGGUCGCAAAUGACGUCACUGUUACCCAGAUGUUCGAUCAAACAAAGCACAAAGAAAAUGGCGUCUUCCGAAGGCAGUGUAACGUUGGAGGACGAGGGCGUCCCGGGAGCGUGGAGCAACUUAAACCAUGGUUGAAAUGCAGAGAACUCAAAGAGAGGAGAAAGAAGGCAGUGUUGAGUGGAAGUCACAUGAUCACCAACCGGACGUUGCCGUGGGCGCCAACCACAAAGAAGACGACAGGAAGUGGAUGGAGGAUCGUGGCGCACACGGAGCUUUUGGGUUCCAUCGUGGUCAGGAGGGGUGCUGGUGCCUUUCUCCAGCUGUCAAUGGGCAAGAGGCGGGGUCACCCUGGACAGAUGAUGCUAAAUAUCCCAAGAAUCCAUCUAAUGGGAUCAGGAGAAGCUCACAGCACUUUGAUGGCUUUCAGGGACGUGGCAGUAAACCGAAGGUCAGACACUUUUUGCAUAAUCCCAUUAUAUUUUCAUCUGUGGAUGCGCAUUAAAACCACUCUCCGCUGCGUCUUUUGUUUGUUUUCCUCUGCCAUUGUUUGUUCCCUGAAAUAAUUAUGCUGGUUAAAUUGGACAAGGUUAGA